AUUCCACGUUCAACGAAGCCAUCGUCAAGUUGGCCUCGCAGCUGAACGAAACAAACGUCAAACGCAUCCACCUUUUAACGAAAACAAAAAAAAACGUUUCUUGCUUUUGUCGCACUUUUUUGUUUUUCGAUCUCUUAUUUCACAAAUUCAGGCAACACAAAUCGGCCAGGAUCUGCGUGCGCCCGAGUGGAAAAUCGCGACCUCCCAACGAAACAAAACAAUCUUCGAGCGCUUCGAAGCCUCCCGUCGGUCCUAACCCGUGUGCGUGUGUGUUUGGUGCGUUCGCGAAUUAAACGAUGGCCGUGAUUGCUGCGGAUCUCAAGUUUCUGCUGGCCUGCCGUGGCACGUUCGGCCAGAUCAGAAACAUUCACCUCGCUGCCGCUAACAAUGCUGCUGCAAAGAAAGUUAAAAAGUUCCAGAUUUACCGCUGGAAUCCGGAUCAGCCAGAGCAGAAACCGUACAAUCAGACGUAUGAGGUUGACCUGAGCGCCUGCGGUCCGAUGGUGCUGGAUGCUUUGAUCAAGAUCAAGAACGAGAUGGACCCGACGCUAACGUUCCGACGAUCGUGCCGUGAAGGUAUCUGCGGUUCGUGUGCCAUGAACAUCGGUGGCACCAACACGCUGGCCUGCAUCAGCAAAAUCGAUGCGGACAACUUGGACAAACCGACCAAGAUCUAUCCUCUACCGCACAUGUACGUGGUAAAGGAUCUCGUUCCGGACAUGAACAACUUCUACAACCAGUACCGUUCGAUUCAGCCUUGGCUACAGCGCAAGAACGAAAGCACCGAAAAGAAGGGAGACGCCCAGUACCUCCAGUCGGUGGACGAUCGUGCCAAACUGGACGGUCUGUACGAGUGUAUUCUGUGUGCGUGCUGCUCGACGUCCUGCCCGUCCUACUGGUGGAACGGUGACAAGUACCUCGGUCCGGCGGUGCUGAUGCAGGCCUACCGCUGGAUUAUCGAUUCGCGUGACGAGAGCACUGCCGCCCGGUUGGACAAGCUCAAGGAUCCGUUCAGUGUGUAUCGGUGCCAUACGAUCAUGAACUGCACCCGAACUUGUCCGAAGGGAUUGAAUCCGGGCAAGGCGAUUGCCGAAAUCAAGAAGCUCCUGUCCGGCAUUGCGAAGAAGGACGCACCCGGCCUGGAGACGGCCGCGCUCCACAACAAGUAAAGCGUUGUGGCGGGACCGAGCUAGUGUGUAUGGCAAUACAUCCGCUUCCCAGUGCAAGUGCAGCUUUAUUUGCCGACGCACAUACACACACACACACAUAAAACGGCAAAGAGAGAAGGAAAACGAUGUGGAUUUAAAACAGCAACAGGAACGUGCGUCACACGACGGUAUGUUGAGAGCAGAAAGCAAAGUAUUUCGAUACCAAAAACAAGAACGAGCAGCAUCAGCUUCAAAAGUAAAUGUUUAAUCUAACAUUAAUUGGUUACUUAAAACACGACUAUCACCGACAGUAGCAGCGACAACGAAAACACUACCUUAUCGUGUUGGUGCAGAAAUCCUACGGUGCAAAAAUCAAACCAAAAACCUCACCCGCCCUGCCCUGUCGAAUGGUUCAAUUUAAGCUUAGUUUUGCUAUUAGGAUUGUAGUAGCAUUAGUUUUCGAUUCCUAAAACGCAACAUUGAGGCACCCUCCUGCAACUCCCCAGUCCAAUUCAAACGCGCGUCAGCCAUCAAGGAAAAAGCGACGGAGAGAAAGAGACCGAGAAACGAAGAGCCUACAUCCACAUUUAUUUAUUUUCGUUCCGUAGCAAAUGGAGUUGUAAUUAUGAAGGGAAUAAAAAAUAGAAUACCUACACACAAAAAAA